AUGUUGAGAAUUUUUGCCGUUUUUGUGAUUUUUUUGGUUGAAAAGUGUCAAAGUGAAGUCGAAAGUCCGAUUGUGUUUUAUGAUUUGAAGACUGGAGAACCUUAUGGUCCACCUAUAACUACUAUUAUUCCUUAUUCUGAGGAUCCGAGUUUCAAUAUGUCAAGUAUUGUGAAUAUAAGACUGCCGUUUAUUGGACAGCCAUGUGGUUGUUAUGACUAUCAAUGCGGAUGCUGUGCUGGAAUGUCAAUGGAACAAUUUAAUAUCAAUCAGAGAAUGUGUAUGAACUUCACAUAUGAUCCCUAUGAAUUUGCUAUCAUGAUGGACAUGAAUAUGAACGAGAAUAGUGUCUACUCCAAUAUGUUUUCUGGGAAGAACCCGAGUCCGCUAUGCUUACCUGUUCCUACUGGACCAAUUCCAUUGGGAAUGGAGAUGUGCGUUAAGUUGUUCAACAUAUUCACACCUGGAUACAACCUUCACAUGUGCAUGGAUGUUUUGGCACAAAUUCAGUCUUCACCAAUGAUUAUUCUCCAUUUUGACUGUAUGAGAUUUGGACGAGAUGGACCUGCCCUGCUUAAACCAGAAGAAAAUGGAGGUUUAGAACCAAUUGAUGAAGGGAGUACAGGAGAGGAAGGAGGAAUGGAAGAGACAAUGGUUGUAUAUGAUCCACUUCCACCCGAAGAAGAUAUAAGGAAGAAGAAUAAAACAAAUUUUAAUAAAAAUUGA